AUGAACAAAUUUUGCAUAUUUACAGGAUUAUAUAUCUUGUUUUUUAACGUAUGCAAUAAUAUAAUUGAAAACUCCACAUUUUAUGUAAAUUCCUACGCUCAAAAGAGAAGUAUAGUAUACAAUAAUAACACAAAGAGAUACCAUAACAAUUAUCUACAUUAUAUAUAUAAUUUGUGUAAUAAUAACAAAAGGCGAAAAGAGUACUCUGUAAAAAUUUGUACACAUAAUUUUGGUAAAACAUACCCCGACAACAGAAAAAAUAUUUUUUUAAGAAAAAAACCUGCACAAGCAAGGAAAUUGAACAAAAAAAGGCAUAGAAUAUUUUUCUUCUCCAAAGACGGCUAUACGCGUAAUUGUUAUGAUAAAAGUAAAGGAAUAAAAGGGGGGAAAAAAAAAAGAUAUAUAAACAUUAAUAUAAAUAUAAAAAAAAGUAAAAUAACAAAAUGCGAUGUAUCAACCAAUUUUUCAUUUUAUCUUGAUGGGGAAAAACACACAAAUGAGGAAAAAGAAAAUGUCAACGUUUAUGUUGAAAAGGGCAAUAUCACAUCAUCUAAUCAGAUAAAGAAAAGGGAUGAAGACGGAAGAGAAGCACAUAUUGAAAAUGUGCACGGGGAGAGUAGUAACUCAUUGAGUGAAAAAGUAAAUGAUUAUAUUAGUCCAAAACGUGAAGAAGAAAUGGAAAAACAUGAAAUGAAAGAAGAAAAUAAGGUUAGUGGUGAGCACAUGCACCCGAAUGACAACUUGUUGAAACCAAGUGAAAGUAAUGAAGAAAAUUUAAAUAAAGCAAUAAAAAAGGCUGAAGAGUAUAUUAAGGGUAAACAAGAUAACAUAAUAGAAAAAAGAGAAAUGAAUAAAAAAAAAAAAGUAAUAGAAAACUUGAAGGGUGAUGAUGUGUUUACAGAUAAAUUCCUAGAUCUAAGUAUGUACGAUUUAUUAAAACAUGUAUAUAAAAAGAAUAUAUAUGUGAGCUCAAAAAAUUUAGUAGACGAUAUUUGCAAGUGGUUGAAAAAUAUUUAUACUAGCUAUUUAAAAUCAGAGGAGGAAAAGAAAAAAAAGAAAGUGAAGAAUGGGGAAGGCACUGCAAAUGGGAAGAAACUGAUAGUAGAAAAAGACAUAUCUGACAAUUAUAGCAGAGAAAGAAAGGAAAGAUAUUUUAACAACUUCCGCUUAGAACAGUCGGACGGGGAAGAUAAUGAUGAUGAUGAUGAUGGUGGUAGUGGUAGUGGUAAUGAUGACGAAACGCUGAAGGCACAGCUGCAGUCAUUAAAAUUGUACAACAAGAAAAACCUAAGCAAGUAUUUCUACUCAUUUAAUAGGGGCAAUAUCCUGAAGCAGGUAGUUACUGAGGGGGAGGAGGAACAAAUGGAAGAAGGGGAAAAGCAAAAGGACAAAAAAGGGGAAGUUAGACUAUAUGAUGAUAAGGAUAAAAAAUUGGAUGAAGAGAUAGAAAAGGUGUUGUCAAAUCCAAUAUUUGAUUAUGAUACAAAUUUGUAUAUUGAUAAGAAAAGAUAUAUGAAAUCAAAUGUAACGAUUGAGUUUAACAUUUAUGAUUCAUAUAAAGACCGUGUAAUUUUAAAUAAUAAAAAUACUAAUUCGACUAUGCUUGAAUUUCCUUUGAUGUAUAGUCAUAGUAUUAUACAGAAAUGUAUUCUUACUAUGAAAAAAUUAGAGAAAGCUAUUUUUUACAUUAACAAUUCUUUACUGUUCAGAAAUUUUACAUCAAAUAGUGAACCAACAAAUGAUGAAGAUAGAAAUGUAUAUGAUGUUAUAACUAACGAAAAUUGGAUUAAAAUGGAAAUAUAUCUGUGUAAUAUUUAUGGAAUUAAUGAAAGGUGGGAAGGUAUAACCCCUGAUAUGUUUACUGAUGAAGAAAAAGCUAAUUCUUUUUUAAAAGAAUAUUCCUUUGACUCAUCUAACAAUAUUAUAGGUGUUUCUACCCAGGGAAAAGGAACACCUGUACAUGAAUCUAGUGGGAAAACUCAAAUCGAGUCCACAAGCACAGCUGACAAGGGGGAAAUUACCCAAGUGGAAGAUGCAAAUAGAGAUCAGAGUAACAAUAAAAAUGAUAAUCCAAAAUUAUCUAUGGAAGGUUGUGACUUAGGGAAGGAGGGAGAAAAAAAGAUAGAAGGACAAGAAAAAAAAAUUAGCGAAAAAAGAGCAGAGAUAAUAAGGAGAAGUGAAGAAUAUGAAACAAAAAAAGAACUGGAAAUAAAAACUGACUUUUUAAUGAAAAAAUUAGAAAACGAAAUGAAAUAUGAUCCAAACCAUUACAUGUGGCAAGAUUUAUAUCCACAAUUAGGUGAACAUGAUAAGCAAAAAACAGAUAAAUAUUUUGACAGUCUAAAAAAAGAAAUGAGUGAGCAUCGAUUUAGUAGAGGAUAUACAGAUAAUAUAAAAAACAAGCAAAGUUUAAAAGGUUAUGAUAUAGGAGAAAAAAUUGAAGGAAAAGCAAAAUAUUAUGUGUGGCAAGAAACUAUUCAUUCCUUUUGUUUAUAUUUCCCAUUACGACCAUACGUAAAAAAAAAAGAUAUCAUUGUUGAUAUGGACAAUAACUUUUUUUUCCUUUCUAUUCUUAAUCGAACUAUUAUUAAAGACUUUUUUAUUAAACCUAUAAACUCCUCUGAUUCUAUAUGGUCAUUGAGUGAUAAUGAAGAGGCUAAUAGUAUUAGAAAGAAACAUUCCGAUGAAUUUCCUGUAUAUGAAUUAACCAGUUCGGAUGAUCAGGAAGUACACAAAAUGAUGAAAACGAAAUUCUGCCUAAUAUACAAUAUUUACAAAGACAACAAUCACAAGUACAUGUGGGGAUCCGUAUUUAAGGCAUCCUAG